CACCUGCCACGGUCGGGAUACUGCUACGUAGAUAAAUUAAACUUCAAAAUAAUUUUUAAAGUACAGUAGAAGAUGAAAAACACGAAAAAAGUUCAAAAACGGAAAUUUUAUAAUAAUAUCCCAAAACAAGAGGAAAAUUUUUGAUUUCGAAUGGAUGUGAGAAGAGAGUAUCGAAUUGAUGUGCGAAAAGAGUAUCGAGUGGAUGUUAGUGGUAAUGGUAAGGCUUAUAUCAGACCGAACAACAAGUGCGUAUAGUGGUUGGUAUCGACUAAACAGAAGAAUACUGGAUACAUUAUUUCCACAAGAAUGUAAUUUUCUAACCUACAAAAAACAAUUUUUGUUCUGCUUCUAAUUGUUUAGAAUUUUCUGAUGGAGUGUAGUUUAAAAAAGAAUUAUUCGAAGUCAUGUUUCUUCUAAUUUUAUUGAUCUUGAACUGUUUGUAUGGCCUCUCGGCCAUGGAGAAUGUCACGUGUGGAAAGAAGCACACGUUUCUGGAAACGAAAGGUGAAGCUAUUUUUUCUGUUUUCGUGGGUGCCAAUUAUGGGCCAUAUUGCAACGACUCUUCCUCCAAGGGGCACCAGCAAGUCUCAACAGCCCUACAUGUGAUUCAAACUUUAAACAAGAACUCUUAUGUACCAGGACUCUUACUCGGUCUAAAAGCAUAUGACACUUGUCAGGACAAGCUAACAGUUUACAAGCAGGCUUUGAUGGCAGCAGUGGAAUCGGAAUGUGCAGCAGAAUACGAAUUUGGGAUUUUAAUUCCUGAGUCUUAUAAAGUAAUUUUAAAACCUUUUAAGGAGUAUAGCCUGCUGCCAAUUAGUACCUACGAAACACAGAACUUGGCCAUACCACUCAUCGAUAUUGCGAUUAAUUUUCUGAGCACUAAGUAUGAGGUUGUUGAUUUGGUUCUCACAAAUUCACAAUAUAUUCUUAGUCAUUUUCUGGACGCCAGCAAACAAAAAGGACUCUGUGUCGAGAGUUACUCAGAUUUCACUAAACUGGAGAACAAAACAGAAGCUAUUAUUGUUGCUGUUGGUGGAAAAAACGACAUUGGAUCUUGGAUUCAAAAGAGUAACAGGGAAGACAGCGUCCAAAGAACGUGGUUCAUUGUACCCACUGAUGACGCAAAUAUUGAUGAUCUGAUACCAGAGGGUUCCUUUGUCAUCAAUACCGAGUCCUUCACAUCGAACCUAGACGACGUCUCUUUAUCUUCCCAUCUCGAGAGCCCUGGCGAGCCUCUAAUUCACUCACCCCAUCUCUUAGGUAUCGGCAAAGCCAUUAUCGAGAUCGCCCACGUACUACAAGGUCUUCAGAGAAGAACGUGUCCUCCUGGCUCAACUUGUGCCUUACCCCAUUUCGACCCCAAACUUCGAGAGGACAUCAGCGUCACCGAAAUUUACGAGAUUCUUGAAAUACCGCCCAAGUCUCAAUACCUAAAAUACCUCAUUCAACAAAACAUCAACCAAGAGUUCCCUACAAUCGCUACCUACAGGAUCAACCCAGAAACCCACAAAAUCACACCUGAAAAACAGCUUCCCAAGAUGCCCAGAUUAUGCAGCAAAAAUGAUCCAUCAAUGUGCCAAAUGUGUGCCAAUUUUCAAGAAAAAACUGUUGCUCACGAACUAGUCAGGAUAGCAAUCCAAGGAAGCUUGCUCAAACCUGGAGCAUAUAUUCCAAUUUAUCUGACGAUCAUGGUCAGUGGGACUUUUGCGUGUCUCGUUAUAUUUUUUUUCAUCAUCUACAGAUAUUACAUGGAAGAAGUACUGGAUGGAAAUCCAUCCUUGACUUUAGUUUUGAUCAUCGGAACAGUCUUCACGCUGCAGACUAUUUUACCAUUUUGCAUUGAUGAUGAGUACAUGGGUCGAGAGCACCUUAACUCGAGAAAGAUUUUUGUUUCGACUUUGGCUUUUGGUUUACUUUUUUCGACUAUGCUGGCCAGAGCUUUCUUUUUGGCCUUUUCUGUUGGUGGGAUUUUCACUGCUCACAUCAAUGGAUACCUCCAGAGUCUGAUGGUUUUCUUCAUGUUCAGUGUUCAGAUUGCGAUUUCGUCGAUGUACUUUGCACUGAGCAAUGCUGAUUCUUCAGUGGUUAUGCGGAGUUUGACCUACAUCUCACUUCUGGGAUAUGACAUAUUUCUCCUGGUAUGUCUUCUGAUUGUCAGCUGCUUCAUUACACAAAUACAGCGUAACUAUAGUGAAGGAAAAUGUUUUUUUGCAACUGUAAUUGGGAUCCUAGUUGUCUGGGCUGUUUGGGUCACCUGCUUUAUUUUGAUGGAACCAGCAGCAAGGGACAUCAUUGUCUGCUUCGGAAUUAUUGCCACAGCAUACCUCAUCAUCAUUGGUAUUUUGAUACCCAGGACUUAUUACAUGGUGACUCAUUUAUCGAGAGAAAAGAAUGUUAUGCACAGAUUCGAACCUGCUGAUCUAGGGCCUGAUCCAAGGAUGAAUACUAUGGCCAGACAGGCAUUGGAUUUACAGUCACGGCCAUCAUAUUACGAGUAUGUUCGACCCAGCAUGGAUGCAGCAAACAACGGAGGGAAUUUGCGUGUAGCAAGAUACCCAAAUUGCUAUACCAGUGUCAGUCCUUAUUUCAAACACAACGCUCGUAACAGAAGUCCUAUUGAGCCCCGAAGGAAUCCCGGCUACAAUAAUCACGGCUUCAGCUCUGAAAUGCGAGAGGUGGAAAAUAAUGCCUACGUAGUGCCACGCGUUUGCAUCGAAAGCCCUCAGCAGGAUCGCAGAAGCCCUUUAAAUAACGUUGACUCUCUCGAUGUUAGCUACGCCCAUCCUAGAAAUCCCAGGAGACCAAAAAUGUUUUCGGAUGAGAAUGAUUGCAUCGAAACAGAUAUUUACGUCGAAGGACAACUCCACCCAAAUAAAAGAGGACCGAAUGAAAAUUAUCCUUCAAGGCCCUGUUCUCCCAGACUGGGUCAGGCAGAAGUGACAAUUCGGGAGGAAGAUGAGGACGAAAUAACUAGGAUAACACGAUUUUAGAAUUUUACAUCUUGUUAAGUUGUAAUUAGUUUUCCGCGUUUGACCAGUUAGACGUUUAAGUAAUUUGAAUAAUUUUUAAGUUAAACCGUAACUGCGUUUGCUACCGUUAGCUACAUUUACUACUGUUAAAUACGUUAACUAGCGUUAAAUACCUUUACUACUGUUAACUACGUUUAACGAUUUUUCCAAAUUUUAGGAAUAAUUCAAUUCAGUUCAGAAAAUAUUAAGGAACUUUAGAAGUUUUGAAGCGUUUAUAAAUACUUUAAACUGUCUUUGAAUUUUUCUAGAAAUUUGGUGAAAUUUUGCAAGAUACAAGAAAAAAUUCUAAUUUUUCUGGAUACUUUUUCGAUGUACCUGAAAUCUUUAAAAAUCUUUCCGAUUUUCCCAAGAAUCA